AUGCUGGGCUGCAAUAUAAAAUCAGCCACUAUUUGGACCCUGCUUCUUGCCCUGCGAAUUUCUCCCGCCCUUUGCAUUUCUGAGCCUAACGUACGAGAACGAAUCCGGCUCAGAGACGGAUGGCGAUUCUGGCGGUCGGAAUCAACUCCUGAUAAUUUGGUAUACGACUACCGCCCUGACGCGAAUGGAACAGAUCUUUAUGUACUCAAAGAUUGGAUCUUGCCAUCUGGUAACAAUUUCAUUAAAAGUCCCGACUACCAACAUGAAAGACCAAAGGAGGAGCCGGAGGUGGAUAUUCCAUACAUACAUGCCAAGUUCGAUGAUAGCGACUGGGAGCGUGUUCAAGUACCGCAUGAUUGGGCUAUAAGUGGUCCGUUCUACACCGAGGCAAACCCAGUAAUUCCUGGAGAUAUGGGACGUCUGCCCAUCCAAGGGAUAGGAUGGUACCGAAAAUCAGUUCAGAUGACCUCCAGGGACCUUAAAAAACAUGUGUACAUAGACAUCGACGGCGCUAUGUCAUAUCCGAUGGUUUGGCUCAAUGGAAAACUACUAGGAGGCUGGCCCUACGGUUAUAACUCGAUCCGUCUCGACCUUACGGGUUAUUUGAAAGAAGGAGAUAAUCAGCUGGCGAUUCGUGUAGAGAAUCCUACUGCUCGUUCAUCUCGCUGGUACCCUGGAGCCGGGAUCUACCGCAACGUGUGGAUUACCAAGGUCGAACAGAUACACGUCGCUCACUGGGGAACUCGAAUCACUACUAGGAAUGUGUCUUCUCGUUCUGCUGAGAUCGAGAUCGAGGUCAACACUGCUAGCCAUAGCCAAAGAAAAAGAAAUGUCUCGGUACAAACAGAAAUCUACGAGAACAACCGCAACUCAGGAGCUCGCGGUCAGAGAGUUGCAUCUUUCCCCCACAAAAUCGUUCAAACAGCAUCAGACACUACUCAAAAAACUAUCGCGAGCGUCAAACUACUUAAUCCCAAGCUCUGGGGACCACCACCUACACAGUCGCCGCACCUCUACACCGCUGUCACACGCCUCUUUGAUGGCCGUGAGUUAUUGGACGAGUAUGAGACAGAAUUUGGAAUCCGUACGCUUCUCUUCACACCCGACGAUGGAUUACAUGUCAAUGGUCAAAAGGUAUAUAUACAUGGGGUCAAUCAGCACCAUGAUCUUGGUGCUCUCGGGGCAGCAUUCAACUACCGCGCCGCAGAGAGACAGCUGGAAACGCUUCGUGAACUCGGCGUCAAUGCAAUCCGUAUGGCGCACAACCCUCCAGCACCCGAACUUCUUGGGCUCACAGAUAAAAUGGGGUUUCUCGUCGUCGAUGAGAUUUUUGAUGUUUGGGAGAUUGAAAAGGUCCCCUCUGACUUCCACCUCAUCUUCAAGGACUGGCAUGAGCCUGAUCUUCGCUCUUUCAUACGCCGAGAUAGAAAGCAUCCUUCUGUGGUUAUGUGGAGUGUUGGUAAUGAGGUCAUGGAACAAAAUCUGCAUGAUAUUCCAGCUUCAACGCGAAUUGCCAAGAACCUUAAGGAUAUCGUUUACGAAGAGGACAACUCACGGCCUGUCACCGGAUCGUUGAACGUCGGCUUUCCUAACGAGACAUUACCUCAGAUCUAUGAUAUUAUCAACCUGAAUUAUCAGGGGGAAGGUAUCCGUUGGGGGCCUGCAUACGAACAUCUUAACCGUUCCCGGGCCCGGCCUGGGCAAUACGACAAUUUUCACGGCAAUUUUAGCAAUAAGCUCAUCUUGGGUAGUGAAGUUGGAUGGUCACUCAGCACCCGUGGUACCUUCACAUUUCCAGUUACGCCUUACGACAGCUCGCCCAUCAACCAGAGCAUUGGUGCAGACUACGAUCGAUUGGAAAUUUGUGGAUACGAGCUGUACUCCGCUGAUGCAGGGUCGUCUGCGGACAGGGUUUUCAAAACUCAAGACGAACAUCCAUUCGUUGCGGGCGGGUUCACUUGGGCUGGCUUCGAUUAUCUAGGAGAGCCGCCUUGGCCUGAAGCUCGAAGCGCGUAUUCUGGGAUUAUUGACCUAGCGGGGUUUCCCAAAGAGAGAUUCUAUCUGUACCAGUCUCGAUGGCGACCGGAUCUGCCCAUGGCGCACAUCGUACCUCAUUGGAACUGGCCCGACCGUAUUGGGGAAAGGACGCCUGUACAUGUAUUCAGCUCAGGCGAUGAAGCUGAACUUUUCAUUAAUGGCAAAUCACAGGGCCGCGUGGAGAGGAAAGCUGGACAGUAUCGCUUUCGAUGGAAUGAAACUGCUUAUCAGCCCGGUGAAGUGAGAGUCGUAGUAUAUAAGAACGGAAAGGAGUGGGCCACGCAGACAACUCAAACUGCAGGUGAAGCUACAAGAAUCAAACUGGAGAAAGAUCGCGAGGCAAUCGACGCCGAUGGCGAGGACCUCGUGUACUUGAAGGCAACCAUCACGGAUUCGACGGGAAGAGCUGUACCGAGUGCUAACAAUAGCGUUGUGUUUUCUGUCGAGGGGCCAGGGGAAAUAGUUGCGACAGAUAACGGGUAUCCUGCGGAUUUCACUGCGUUUCCUUCCAAGACUAGGAAUGCGUUCAAUGGGUUGGUAUUGGCAAUUGUUCGGGGAAAGUAUAAGGUCAGAGGGUCAUUUAUUGUCAAGGCUGAAAGCAAAGGACUUAAGUCAUCUUUGGUUACAGUUAAUUUGAAUAGUAUAAAGGGGUAA